AUGCAAGACUUCCUUCUUCUUUCCCUCUCUCUCUCGGCUUUCUUUCUUAUUUAUGUUUUCAUUUAUAAAUUCCACCGCUUUUCUACUAACCGCUCUUCCCCUCCCUCUUACCCUUUCAUCGGCUGCUUCAUCUCCUUCUUCAAAAACCGGCGCCGCCUUCUCUCCUGGUACACCCACCUGCUUUCCAACUCUCCGUCCUUGACCAUUGUGGUGCACCGCCUCGGUUCCAGGCGGACCGUCGUCACGGCCAACCCAGCCAACGUCGAGUACAUGCUCAAGACUAAUUUUCUUAAUUACCCUAAAGGAAAGCCCUUCACUGAUGUACUCGGCGAUCUCCUCGGCUGCGGCAUUUUCAACGUCGACGGCGAGUUGUGGUCCACCCAGCGCAAGCUCGCUAGCCAUGAAUUUUCUGCUAAGUCUUUAAGGGAAUUUGUGGUUAAGACGCUUGAAGAUGAAGUUCAUCUCCGUUUGAUUCCGUUGCUCCGGAACGCUGCCCGGACUAACGCCGUCUUGGAUUUGCAAGAUGUUCUUGGUAGACUCGCUUUUGACACCAUUUGUAAGAUGACUUUAGGAACUGAGGAGCAAUGUUUGGACCUGUCGCGCCCAGUUCCAGCAAUAGUAAAUGCAUUCGAUAUGGCUACGGGGAUCAGCGCCAAGCGGGCAAUAGCGCCACUCUCUCUGGCGUGGAAGGCCAAGCGGCUGUUCAACAUCGGCUCCGAGAAGCGGCUCAAAGAAGCCGUCCAAAUGGUCCACUCAUGGGUCUCCCACAUCAUUCGCAACAAAAAUCUCGACAACAAUAAAGACAGCGAUUUGUUAUCUCGGCUGUUAUCCGCCGGCCACGGCGAGGAAGUCGUCCGAGACAUGGUCGUCAGCUUCAUAAUGGCUGGCCGUGACACCACUUCCGCCGCCAUGACGUGGCUCUUCUGGUUGCUGACAAAGCAUCCCAAAGUGGAACAGACCCUUAUGGACGAAGUGGCUUCCUUGACCAACAAUUACCAAACGGCGUCGUUGGGUUACGGCUACGAAGAAUUAAAGGGCAUGAAGUAUUUGAAGGCGUGUUUGUGUGAGUCCAUGCGGCUUUACCCACCGGUGGCUUGGGAUUCAAAGCACGCAGCGGCGGCGGACAUUCUGCCGGAUGGAACUCCGGUGAGGAAAGGGGACAGAGUGACGUAUUUUCCGUACGGAAUGGGGCGGAUGGAGGAGCUGUGGGGUCCGGAGCGGGAGGAGUUCAAACCGGAACGGUGGUUUGAAAAGGGGGAGGUGAAAGCGGUGAGUCCGUUUAAGUUCCCGGUGUUCCAAGGCGGACCGAGAAUGUGCUUGGGAAAGGAAAUGGCGUUCAUUCAGAUGAAAUACGUGGUAGCCACGGUUUUGAAGCGGUUUGAGUUUAGAGCGGUGAGUGAAAGUGAACCGGUUUUUGUGCCGUUGUUGACAGCUCACAUGGCAGGUGGAUUACAGGUUUAUGUUAGAGAAAGAAGAGGACAAAAGUGAAGCAUUUGGUGUGUUGUUUUGAGUUG